AGAUAUAUCAGUGUUUAUAUUUAAAUUUGCGGUAUGAAGAAGUAUUUUGCACGUCAAUCGGCUCUUGGGAUGAAAAGACUGCGAUUUUCACCAAUGCUUCUGAUGAUUCAAGUCGUUGCAAACUGUGCUAAGGACAUGGAUAAUUCUCACAUCAAUCGACCAUCGCCGGGGAAUUUCAGUCAGGAUCAGGACUUGAUUGCUAAAGCAACGAUGAUCCGAAACCGGAAGGAAGUUGCUCGAAUUGAAGGUGGGGUUCCAGAAACCGAUAGAACCCAGGCUCCCUAUUUUGCCAAAGUUGACCUUUUGGCAAAUAAUGAUACCAGAUUCACCGUCGGAGGUGGGACUCUCAUUUCCAAGAGGCAUGUUCUCACAGCAUCCUGGUUAGUUGACCCGAAUUUCUACACAAACCAGAAGCUAAUAAUUGCCAGCAUUUCUGUCACUAUCGGUGACGUCACAUCAGCUGUAUCGACAUCACGUCAGGAAUUUGAUGUGUCGUUGACGAACGUGAUACGGCAUCCGAAUUACGUCUUACCGACUUUUGACACUGCAUUUGACAAUUUCGUGCGAAAUCAACCGGCAAUUUUGCGGUUGGGUGCGAAUGCAGAAACCGGAGGAAACACUGGGGUCAACAUAGCUUCAAUUCUAUACAAUGCCAACGCCACUUACGAAGGAGAGGAAGUUACGAUUCUUGACGUACCUCGUCCCCUGAAGGAGUUUUGCGGCAUUUCCUCGUUUUGA